CCGGGCGUGGCGGCCAUGAGGGCGGCGGGCCGGGAGCUGCCGGCGGCGGCGACCGAGGAGCCGGGCAGCGAUGCCCGCGGCGAGCAGCCCCCAGGGAAGAAAUGUGUAUAUGUCGAGCCACCUAGGAGAGUUAAAGAAAUACUUGAGGAGCACCUUCAUUUUCAGAAAGAAGAAUGCAAUGUUAAACAUCCAGCUGCAGUGGCUCUAGAAGGAGUUUGGGAUGUGAAAAACAAUUUCUCCAUUAGAAGCCUGAAAGCAGUGUCACAGAACAGGAGCAGUUUACUUUUACAGCCUCAAUUCUACUCAAGACAUGCAAGAAUAAAAAAUUGCUGAACUUUACUGCUAUGAAGACUUGAGUUUGCUUUGAUGUGUCAAAUCAAACAUCAGAAUGACUAGCUACCUUUGGAAAUGUAGAUCUGUACUUCCAGGAUUUUGAAUAAAAUUCUGCUUGAAUAUGGA